UGCACUGACUGAUACAGGCCGGAUGUGCUGCUGCUGAUGUUUCUCAGUGUCCCUGCAUCUGAUCUGAGAACAGCACCAUCAGUUAUCUUAUACAUUUCAUUCAUCUGCACAUUCAACACACACUUUAGAUUUCAGUGGAGAAAAUAAAGAAACUGUGAAUAAUGUUUCUAUUGUCUAUGACACACUGCAGAAUAACUGUAAUAACACAAAUGUCCUGUAGGUGGCAGUGGAGGCGGAGUUUUCUUUACAUCUUUUAAUGUAUAAUGUCUGAUAAUUAUCUUGAUAUUUUGUCUUUUUAUUCAAUAAAAUGUUUAUGUUAGCACAAUUAUAUUUUAUCUACAAUUAAUCUUUUAAACUAAAAGUGUGUGUGUUUUUUAAGACCUCGCUGUGUUUAUUAAAUCAAACACUUGAUAAAGUUCACACUAUGAUAAAUACAUGAAUGUAAAUGUAGUUCACACAAAUAAUAAAAUAUCACUUAGUCUACAUUAUAUUAAACUCAUAUGACUUUAUUAGGCUUACAUUAGUUAAACAAAAGAGGAGUAAUUUUGAUUUGAGUUUAAUUAUUGUUAAUGCUGAUGUGCUCUUUGUUUCAUGCAGUGAAUGUAAACAUAUUGACUCACAUUAAUGAUUAAGUCUCGUUUAUAAAUUAAAUCUGUUAAAUUAUUUGUAAUCAGAUGUUUAAUGUUUGUUUACUGUCAGCAGAGGGAGAAACACCUCAAACACUUCCUCAUACAAUAGUGACGUCACAGAUGAAAGUGAAAGUAAAUUGUUUCGUGUUUAUCUUCCGCCAUUUUAAACAGGUAGAGUUGAUUUCUUAACAUAUCGAUGAUCAAAGUGAUUAAUAUAACAUGUAGAAACAGCUUUACAGGUAUUUUUGUGUGUGUAGUUGAAGUUAAAAGUUGUAGUAUUUUGAGAAAGUGAAUUCAGUCAGAUUGUGAUGAUAGCGAGUGUUCAGGUGUGUUCAGUAUCAGUUGUGGAGAUCAGAUUGAUCAGAUUCACCUCUGCAGCUUCAUCAUGGAUCAAACACAAACAUCAACACAUGAAGAUUUUUCUCCAGGGUGCAGUUCAGAUCAUCAGAAGAGAUCAGAUUCAGAGUUCAGCUGUGUGUCUAUGAAGAGUGAUUGGUCUAUGGUUCAUCCAAUAGAGUUUAGGAGUGAAGAGACAAGACCCGAACACAGACGAAUCAGAACAGAAUCUGACUGUCAGAGGAGAAAGAUUGAAGAAUCUGAGAAUCAACUACAAGACUUCAAUGAAAACAUGAAUCCUCGUCUUACAAACUCUCUAACUUCACAAAGAACGAGGACACAAGAUUACAAAAACAGAAAUAUUUAUAAUGCAGACGCUGAGGAAGGAUUACACUCAGAAACAAACAACAAAGACAGACGAAGAUUAAGACACACAAGUGCAAAAUAUACUAACAAACACAGUCAUGAGUCUAAUCUUGCUGAAGUCCUGAACACAUUCAGAUCAAAUCUGAGGAAGAAGUUUGAGUGUUUGUAUGAGGUAACAUCAAAUAAGAGAAACCCAACACUACUGAAUGAGAUCUACACAGAGCUCUACAUCACAGAGAGUGAAAGUGGAGAGAUCAGUAAUGAACAUGAGGUGAGACAGAUUGAGACACAAUCCAGAAGAACAACAACAGAGGAGACACCAAUCAAAUGUAAUGACAUCUUUAAACCUUUACCUGAACAAGACAAACCCAUCAGAAGUGUGCUGACAAAGGGAGUCGCUGGCAUUGGAAAAACAGUCUCUGUACAGAAGUUCAUUCUGGACUGGGCUGAAGAGAAAGAGAAUCAGGACGUCCACCUCAUAUUUCCACUUCCUUUCAGAGAGAUCAAUUUGAUGAAGGACAAAACACUCAGUCUUUUAGAUCUUCUUCAUCUUUUCUUCCCACAAACAAAAGAAAUGGAAAUCGUCAGUGAUAAAUAUAAAGUGUUGUUCAUCUUUGAUGGUUUGGAUGAGUGUCGUCUGUCUCUGGAUUUUCACAGCAGUGUGAGGUUGUGUGAUGUAAGUGAAUCAACCUCAGUGGACGUGAUGCUGACAAACCUCAUCAAGGGGAAUCUGUUUCCCUCUGCUCUCAUCUGGAUCACCUCCAGACCAGCAGCAGCUGAUCUCAUCCCCUCUGAGUGUGUUGAUCGAGUCACAGAGGUACGAGGAUUCAGUGAUCCACAGAAGGAGGAAUACUUCAGGAAGAGAAUCAGUGAUGAGAGUCUGUCUGAUCAAAUCAUCUCACACCUGAAGUCAUCCAGGAGUCUCUACAUUAUGUGUCACAUCCCAGUCUUCUGCUGGAUUUCAGUCACUGUUCUAGAGAGAAUGUUGAGUGAAGCAGAGAGAAGAGAGAUCCCCAAGACUCUCACUCAAAUGUACACACACUUCCUGAUCAUUCAGACAAACAUCAAACAUCAGAAGGACUAUGAGAAGAAAGAUGAAGACAUGAUCUUCAAACUGGGGAAACUGGCUUUUGAGCAGCUUGUGAAAGGCAAUCUGAUCUUCUAUGAUGAAGACCUGAGAGAGUGUGACAUUGAUGUAGCAGAAGCAUCAGUGUACUCAGGAUUGUGUACUCAGAUCUUCAGAGAGGAGUUUGGUUUGUAUCAGGGGAAAGUUUACUGCUUUGUUCAUCUCAGCAUCCAGGAACAUCUAGCAGCUCUUUAUGCUCACAUCUCCAUCACAAUCAACAAACGAUAUGUGUUUAAACCAGGUCAGUUUUCUAUAACUUUACAGCGGCAUUCAUUAGCUGAUUUACAUCAUCGAGCUGUAGAUGAAUCUUUAAAGAGUAAAAAUGGACAUCUGGAUCUUUUCCUGCGUUUUCUUCUGGGUCUUUCACUGGAGUCCAAUCAGAUUCUCUUACAGGAUCUACUGACACAGAUGAGAAAAUGCUCCUACGUGAAAGAGAAAACUGUUGAGUACAUUAAAGAGAAGAUGAAUGAGAAUUUGUCUACCGAGAAAUCCAUCAAUCUGUUUCACUGUCUGAAUGAACUGGGUGAUGAUUCACUGCUGCAGGAGAUUCAACAUUAUGUGAAAUCUUCAUCAGUAGGAAAGACCAAACUCUCCUCUUCUCAGUGGGCAGCUUUAGUUUUUGUGUUGUUGACGUCUGAGCAGCAUUUGGAUGAACUUGAUCUUAAACCAUUUAUUGGAGAUAAAAAUACAGCAGAUGAAGUUCUUGUGAGACUGCAGCCUGUGAUUAAAGAAACCAAAAAACUCAAGUAA